AUGGCCGAAACUGCCAUUCUAUCCCCUCCGUCUGCGGAUUGGAAGGGCGACAGUGAAGCCAAUCCCCAUUUCAAGUCGCUGGGGAAACUCUCGGGUCCCGUGAAUCGAAAGAUCGAACCUUAUGGCGCACAAUUCCUCGCUUAUGCUCGACGCAAGCGUCACGGCCGUACAUUCUCCGAAGACGACCGUAUCCAGGCACUUUCCAAGGUCAAGAAAUCCGAGGAUGAUGACGAUGGUGAAAUCAGCGAGCCUGAGGAUCCAUUGAUGCUGCAGCGGGACGCAAAGGAUUGGAAGGGACAAGAUCAUUACGCCGUCCUCGGUUUGUCCAAGUAUCGAUUCAAAGCCACCGAUGAGCAGAUCAAGAAGGCCCACCGCAAGAAGGUUUUGAAGCAUCACCCAGACAAGAAGGCCGCAGCAGGUCAAGGAGACGAAAACGAUUCCUUUUUCAAAUGUAUCCAACGUGCACACGAGAUCCUCACCGACCCCGUCAAGCGCCGACAAUUCGACUCCGUCGACGAGGCGGCUGAUGUCGAACCCCCAACCAAGAAAGAGGUGUCGAAACCCAGUGCGUUCUACAAGAAAUGGGGCGCGGUCUUCCAGAGCGAGGCUCGCUUCAGCAAAAUCACCCCAGUGCCCAUGAUCGGAGACGACAACAGCACCAAGGAGGAGGUGGAAGAGUUCUACGAUUUCUGGUACAACUUUGACUCAUGGCGGACAUUUGAGUAUCUGGAUGAGGACGUGCCCGAUGACAACGAAGGACGAGACCACAAGCGCCACAUUGAGAAGAAGAAUGCCAACGCUCGACGCAAGCGCAAGUCCGAAGACAUUGCCCGUCUGAGACAGCUGGUGGAUGACUGUCUGGCGAUGGACGAGCGCAUUAAGAAGUUCCGACAGGCGGCCAACGCCAACAAGAACAAGAAGAGACUCGAGAAGGAAGCCGAGGCCAAGCGUGAGGCUGAGGAGAAGAAGAAGGCUGCCGAAGAAGCUGAGCGCAAGAAGAAAGAGGAAGAGGAGAGGCUCAAGGCGGAGAAGGAGCAGGGUAAGAAAGCCAAAGAGGCCGCCAAAAACGCCGUCAAGAAGAACAAGCGUGUCGUGCGUGGCAGCGUCAAAGACGUCAACUACUUUGCCGAGGGCGAUGCAAGCCCUAAGCAGAUCGAUGACGUGCUGAACGACGUCGACAAGGUCAUUGCCACCGUCGACCCUGACGAGCUGGCGGAUUUGGUUGCCAAACUCAACGUCGCCGGCAAGGACGCCUCAAAGGUCAAGGAGGUCUUCAGCGCGACUACCGGUGGCUUGGUUGGUGCUGGCAAGCUCAAGGAGGCUGACCUGAGAGUCUUCAACUGA